AUGUUAUACUCUUGGAUUCAAGCUGCCGCAUCUGCGGCUACAAAUCUCAUACUCGAACCACCGUGGAAAAAAAGGAAACCGAAUCCACCCCAACCCCCACUGUCGUUUUUGUCGCUUCCAGAUGUAAUCAUUCUCCACUGCUUAGCCCGCGUGUCCAAGUCCUACUACCCUAAACUCUCCCUAGUCUCCAAAACCUUUCACUCUCUCAUCUUAUCUAUUGAGCUCGAGCACGCACGCUUUCACCACAAAACACAAGAAGUCUCCUUUCAUAUAUGUUUACAGCUUCCUGAUCCUGACCGUCCUAUUCCUAUUCCAACAUGGUUCACCCUCUGGAUAAAACCUGAUGAUGAUGAUGAGGAGGAGGAGGAGGAGGAGAAGAAGAGAUCUAUCUUUGUACAAGUGCCAUCUUCUUAUGAAUCUCAAGAACCAUUGUUCGGCUGUACGGUUGGUUCGGAUGUAUAUGCACUCAGUCAAAGCUAUCCUCCGUCUCCCUCAAUGUUAGUCCGCGACAAGAAGAGUAUUGUAUGGCGUGACGUCCCCGACAUGAUUGUACCUCGAGCGUAUCCUCUUGCGUGCGAACUCGAUGGGAAGAUAUAUGUAAUGGGAGGUUGGAAUGCUAAUAAAACCGAAAAUCUAUCAUGUUGGGGUGAGGUAUUCGAUAUAAAUACUCAAACAUGGGAACCUUUACCUAACCCUAAGGCUGAGCUCCGGUUCUCUACGAUGAUUAGAGAUAUAGAUAUUUUCGAAGGAAAGAUAUACGUUACGAGCAACGAUGAGAACGAUUCUGUUUAUGAUCCAAAAAAACGUAAGUGGGACGUUGCGGAAAAAGAAGUCGAGGGUGAUAGUAGGUGUAAGGUAGGUGAUUUAUAUUACUCUUGUCGUAGGAAAAGUUGCAUGUGGUAUGACACAGAGUGUGACGAGUGGAAACCGGUCAAGGGGUUGUCUUCAUUGAAUAAGAGCUGUCGACGUGGUUUGAUUGAAACAGUUGAUUACGGUGGGAAACUCCUAAUCAUGUGGGACAAGUUUGCACUGCCUCGUCGUAAUCAAGAAAAGAAAAUUUGUUGUGCUUUGGUUGCGUUAGAAAAGAGAAAAGAUGGUCAAGUUUGGGGAACGGUUGAGUGGUCUAAUGUUGUGCUUACGGUUCCCAGUUCAUACGUUUACUUGCGUUGUUUAGUGGAUCGCAUUUAG